UGUGCCUGGAGCGCGGGAUCAGCCCCCGGCAGCGCCGGAGCCCUGCCAGCCUGCUCCAGCCCGCCCCUGGCACCCUUCCCACCCUCCUGCUGCGUCCUCGCCCCGGGGAGAGAGAUAGUCGGCACACAAAGCUAGUCCCAGAUUUGAGCGACGGCGAGGCACCCUGAUGAGUGAGCCUGGGGAGCGCCAUGGAUUUGACUAAGAUGGGCAUGAUCCAGCUGCAGAACCCCUGCCACCCCACCGGGCUGCUGCACAAAGCCAACCAGAUGCGCCUGGCGGGGACGCUGUGCGACGUGGUCAUCAUGGUGGACAGCCAGGAGUUCCACGCGCACCGGACGGUGCUGGCCUGCACCAGCAAGAUGUUCGAGAUCCUCUUCCACCGCAACAGCCAGCAUUACACCCUGGACUUCCUCUCGCCAAAGACGUUCCAGCAGAUCCUGGAGUACGCGUACACCGCCACGCUGCAGGCCAAGGUCGAAGACUUGGACGACCUCCUCUACGCCGCCGAGAUCCUGGAAAUCGAGUACCUGGAGGAGCAGUGCCUGAAGAUCCUGGAGACCAUCCAGGCCUCCGAGGACAACGACGCCGAGGUCGCCAUGGCCGACGGAGCCGCCGCCGUCGCCGCCGAGGAAGAGGAGGAGAGGAAGUCGAGGUACAUCAAGGGCCUCUUCGUCUCCAAGCCCGCCGGCGAGGAGAGCGGCUACGCUGGCGCGGCCGGCCAGAGCCUGCCGGCGGCUGCGGCGCAGCAGAGCCCCUCCGCCUCCGCUUCCUUCGGCCCCCUCUCCGCCAUGAGCCCCACCAAGGCGGCGGUGGACAGCUUGAUGACCAUCGGGCAGUCGCUGCUGCAGGGCGCCCUGCCGCCCGGCGCCCCCGAGGACUCCCGCCCCGCUGCCGCCGCCGCCGCCCGCCGCCCCCCGGGCCUCGCCGAGGUCAAAACCGAAGCGAUGCAGGUGGACGACGCCUCCAACCGUGACAGCCCCCGGGCGGCCGAGCCCGGCGCCUCUGGCGGGGAGAAGCCCGACGAGAAGGGCAAGGAAGGGCCCGGCACCCCGACCCGCGGCAGCGUCAUCACCAGCGCCCGUGAACUGCACUACGCCCGCGAGGAGGGCGCCGAGCCACCGCCCGAGCCCGGCCAGGGGCUGCCGCUGGGGCCGGAGCCGUCCGCCGGAGCCACCACCGCCGCCCAGGGCGAGAAACCCCUGGGCAUCUACUCCCUGCUGCCGAACCACAAGACUGAGCCGGUGCUCGGCGUGCCGCCCGCCGUGGCGUCCGCCCUGCACGUGCAGCCGGCCCUGGCCGUCUCCAUGGACUUCAGCGCCUACGGGGGGCUGCUGCCCCAGGGCUUCAUCCAGCGGGAGCUGUUCAGCAAGCUGGGGGAGCUGGCGGCCGGCAUGAAGACGGAGAGCAGAGCCCUGGGCGAGCAGUGCAGCGUGUGCGGGGCAGAGCUGCCGGACAACGAGACCCUCGAGCAGCACAGGAAGCUGCACAGCGGAAUGAAGACUUACGGAUGCGAGCUGUGCGGGAAGCGGUUCCUGGACAGCUUGCGGCUGCGAAUGCACUUACUGGCUCACUCAGCGGGCGCCAAAGCCCUGGUCUGCGAUCAGUGCGGCGCCCAGUUCUCGAAGGAAGACGCCCUGGAGACGCACAGGCAGACGCACACCGGUACGGACAUGGCCGUCUUCUGCCUGCUGUGCGGCAAGCGGUUCCAGACGCAGAGCGCCCUGCAGCAGCACAUGGAGGUGCACGCCGGGGUGCGCAGCUACAUCUGCAGCGAGUGCAACCGCACCUUCCCCAGCCACACCGCGCUCAAGAGGCACCUCCGCUCCCACACAGGCGACCACCCCUACGAGUGCGAGUUCUGCGGCAGCUGCUUCCGGGACGAGAGCACGCUGAAGGGCCACAAGCGCAUCCACACCGGCGAGAAGCCCUACGAGUGCAACGGCUGCGGCAAGAAGUUCAGCCUCAAGCACCAGCUGGAGACCCACUACCGGGUCCACACAGGCGAGAAGCCCUUCGAGUGCAAGCUGUGCCACCAGCGCUCCCGGGACUACUCGGCCAUGAUCAAACACCUUCGGACCCACAACGGCGCUUCCCCCUACCAGUGCACCAUUUGCCUGGAGUACUGCCCCAGCCUCUCCGCCAUGCAGAAGCACAUGAAGGGCCACAAGCCGGAGGAGAUCCCCACCGACUGGCGGAUAGAGAAGACCUAUCUCUACCUCUGCUACGUCUGAGGGAGGAGGCGCAGGGGCGGCGGGGCCGAGUGGCGGAGGACUGGGCAAAAAAAAAACAAACCACCAAACCCGCAGCGUCCACGGCCUUGUUUGUUUUCGGUUCUCGUUCGUUGCUUCUCGCCGGAAGGAUGCUGCGGCUCGCGCCGGGGCGGGCGGGGGAUUGCACCGGCCCCUUCCCCAGCCCCGGCUGCUCGUGCGCCCGCUGCCCUUGCGCCCUCGCUGCGGGGCAGCUGUCGCCCCUUGCAGCCCCCGGGGAAUUCGCUCCCCGGCCGGCCCCUCCGUCGCCGCUGGUGCCGGCCACCGGCGCUGCCGGGAAGACCGCGUAGGAACAACGCGCUUCCCCGACAGCGGGCGUACGGCCGGUGCUUUGGGAAGGCUUUAAUUUCUGGUGUCCGCUGUCACCGCGUAGACCCCACCGCGGAUGCCCUGCCGGGGACCCGAGCUCGUGCGUGGGGCAUGGCUCCGCGCGGGGCUCGGCCACGGUUUCGGGAGGGUUCCCGAGCCGCGGCAUGGCAGGUGGGAGAGCGCCGGCGUCCGGCGAGCCGUAAGCGCUUCGGCGAGAGCAUCCCCGGAGCGGGGGUAUCCCGGCCGGAGGAGGGUGUCUGGGGCAGGGAGCCGGGAGCGAGCCGGGCUGCCUGGCGGUGCUGCCCGGGGUCUGGGCGGGCGCGAGGGGGGCCCGGAGGCUGCCGCCCUCCCCCUGACCAAAGACCUCUCUAUGCAUUUCCCCUUCCUUCCCCGCCUUCCCGGGCGGGGGGGCGAGGGCGAAGCCCCUCCACGGGGAGAUGCGGCCGGUUUGGUGAUGCGCGGUCGAUGCCGGUGCC